AUGUUUAGCUCAAAACCGAAACAGAGGGAUCCUAAAAUUGAUCAGGCAAUAGCGAGUGCCACUGACCCAUUACUCACGGAUGAUGACUGGGAGAAGCUCAUGAUCGUUCCUGAUAUUAUCAACGAUGAUCCAGAAGAAGGAGUCAAGUUUGCCAUCAACGGUCUGAAUGAGCGACUGACGACGAGGGAUGCGAACGUUCUAUUGAGGGUUGUUUCUCUGAUCAAGGCACUAGCUAACAACUGUGGAUCCAGGAUGAAACAAGAGUUUUCCAACAAGGCUUUUGUAAAAACCCUGAAGGACUUGGUGAAGAAUCACAAGAUUGACAUCAGAGUCAGACGAGACUACGCGGUCUUGGUGAAGGAACUUUCUGAGUUGUUUGCAGACGAUCCUUCUCUUCAGAGUAUGAAGAGACUAUACAGCGAACUUCGGAGUAGUUACCCAUAUCUUUACGAUUCCGAUUCUGCCCCCGCCCCUAUGAAGUACAACGAAAGACAGAAGGAACAAGAAGACUUAGAAAGAGCGUUGAAGGCGUCACUUGAGGAUUCGGGUGCAAAGUCCUAUGAGCCACCCAGGGAGCUCCAACCACCUACCCCAGUGGAGCAGCAGGUAGCACCAUCACAGAACGUCCAGCAGAUACAGAACGAGAUCAACACGUUACCGAGAGAGGUGCUUCGUGUCAGAGCAUUGUAUGAUUUCAAUUCUUCUAGCCCUGACGAGCUGAGCUUCAAGGCUGGGGAUAUCAUCACCGUUGUGGAGAAGAUCUACGAGGAAUGGUGGAGUGGAUCAGUGAGAGGCGAAAUAGGGGUUUUCCCAUUGAACUAUGUGGAGAAGUUGCCAGAACCGACCAAGAAGGAGAUAAUCGAAAACUCACGCAAGGAGGUGGAGCUUUUGUCGCAGGGUCGCCAGAUCGAGCAGUUGUUAAACAAGUUGAACCAGAUCGAACAGGUAGCCAAGCUCAAUCCGCAGGAGGUGAACCAAUUGCUGAUGCAGGACGAUAUCUCGCAAAUGUACAACGCAAUGAUACCUCUGAGAAAGGAGUUGGCCCUCAUGAUCAAGAACUAUGACACCAAGGUGAAAGAGCUGGAGAGUCUGGAUGUCUCUCUUUCCACGUCAGAGGCCAAAUUCAGGAACAUACUUGAUUCGUAUAUUCGCUAUAAGUGA